AUGGCAGAGAAACUACCUUCUUCUUGGGAAGAAAUUCAAGAUCAACUUCCUGAUUCUUACAAAUGGGACAUCGAAUUCAUCACCAACCAUCUUGGAGGUGCCGCAAAAAAUGGCUGUUGGUCAUGCACACCUUUGCUGGAUAGCGAGCCGAAACAAAUCCCUCUCACGAUAGCUCACGCUCCUGUCGUGAUACCGGUAGAACAUAGAUGGCCGCCUGUUGGUGGAGUAAAACCCCCACCAGAUCCCAGAACAUCGUCACUUAUAAAUCCUUGGGCCGAAUUACCUAUGGAUGUCAUACGGGAUCUUUUCCUUACAUUCGAAGGCGCACUGGGUUUCUACGUUCUCAUCAGCGGUCUUUUGCAGGUCAUCGUCCCCGAUACUUUCGACACUUCCUGGGCAUCUUCUCACUUACCUCACAGCUUCGGUGGACUGAAGGUAUGCUAUAUCAUGAACACUAUGGAGCCGACUACGCUUCAGUCCAACGUAGCAGUCGCUCAUGGGUCAUCUGCAACGUCACAAACGCCAAACGUCCAAAUCACGCACCCAUCUAGGCAGAGUCGACCAGCUCAGUCCUUGCAGAUCAAUGACUUGAUUGAAGCACGUGUAUCGUUCAUCCCACGAACGAAGUUCGAGGGGAGAAUUGGCUUAAAGGUAGCAAAGAAUGGUCAACUCGAUCAAACUUACUUGGUCAUGUCGACACACGUCAUCACGGAAGCAAUCUUGAGCAAAACAUUAAUCAGUCGAACCCGCAAUCGGAUAAGGCGACUCCAAGAUGACUGGAAUGAGCAUGUUGAGAUUUGUGCAGGGGGUUCGAAGAUUGGUAUCAUCGAGAAGAGUUUCGACCAAGCUGCAGAAUACUACCCCUCCGGUUUCAAGCACGACGUCACUUUGAUAAAGCCAGACAGAGACAGAGAAGCGUCGAUCGCAAACAUCCAGACUCCAGUUGACGGCCUUGGCUGGCUGAGUCGAGAAGCCUGGUCAUCACUGCGUCAGCAUUCUGCGGCUGUCAAAAUUCUCGGACCAACAGGACCCGACAAGCAGGCAAAAUGCAUCAAAUGCCAUACUAAUUCCGAGGCCACCAUAGUGGGUGAAGGUGUAUUUCGCAAUCAAACUGCUUCGGCUGGUAGCAAGGCUCCAGAGAGCCACGAUGAAUCGUUUUGGAGAAAAUUUGUAUCGCGAGCUGUACUCUACCGUGUAAGUCCGGACUUUGACAUACCCAAUGGCUACAGCGGAGUAGCAUUGUGGGCAGAUGGUAAGAGGGAGGAUGGAAGCCAAGGGCCUGGCAUAGUAGGUUUUCAGAGUUUUGUGCAGGGGAGCGGGCACACGCAAAAUUUCGACUUGCCAGAGGGUCCGCACUUGGAGGAGAGGUUGAGGAAAGGGUUUGUGGCAUUCUAUGGCGCUUUUCAAGUGCCGGAUGAGCUUCGUCAGGAAUACAGCAUCUUGUAA